AGUAGAUCGAUCAGACCAACGCUCUCAGCACAUCCAUCGCAUACCGGAUACCUCACGCUCUCUUCGCCAGAGAUAAACGCGCAUACUAGUCUCUUCUCCGAAGAUCUUGCAACUCAGGCUGCAUCAGUACCCGACUUGUCGAACAUUCCUCAAAUCGUGGAGCCUCGAGAUCCCCUCCCUUCUCCUGUCACAUCAGGCCGCAGUCCUUCUCCGCUAAGGGAAGCUUUCAUUCUUCCUCGCAAGAAGUCAGCAGGAGGGGAAGAGUCGGUCAAAUCAUCUGGGAGUGGUGGAGGAGGGUUGGCCGGGUUGUUCAAGACUUCGAGCAGGAGAAACAGUGUGAGCACUGAGCCAAUUCCAGCAUUGGGCGAGGUUCCACCAUUGAUACCGCCAAAGGAUACCAUUGCCUCGAGCUCGGUGCCAACUAAACCGGAGACUCCUCGGUCACGUCUCUCGAAACCAUUCUCUACCAUCACACCGCCUAAUCUUCUGAGCACCCCCACAACGUUCAUUACACCUCCCACGCCCACGGACUCGCACGCAGAUUUCAAGACUUUCGCCAAGGGCUCAGUCUCGCCAAAAAAGAGCCUCAACUCCGUGGAAAGCAUCCGACACAGACGCGCACAGUCCGCGACUCUACCCAGCAAGCUAUCCGGUUCCCUGAACUCGCCUCUAUCGCCAACCGUUGAAGAAGCGAAGACUCCCGGCGGGACAUUGACGCAGCCGAAUGCGAGUGCUGCUACCGGUUUCUUCUCCUCGGUCUUUUCUGUAGCGCAGAAGGCGGGCACACAGCUGAGCAACACCAUCGUACCUCCGCAAAAGAGCAAGUCGAGUAACAUAGCACAAUCCGAAGCUGCGGGCAGUGACGGAGUGAGAUCUGGACUAGACCGCAAAUUUGACACUGUUGCAACGCCAGGCGAUAGGCAGCAGCCGCUCGCAAUAAAAACCCUUGGGAGAGGCAAUCUGAGUCUCACUGAUCUCGGAAUCUCCGAAGGUGUCGAGAGCAACACAAUGCCAACGACCACGGAGCUGCAACAGCAUGACGCUCAAACUCAGAAUGAGAGAAAGGUGGAAGAGCAGGCAGCGGCUCGCGCUGUGUCUUCUGCAUACGAACAAACGACAACUCCACGACCAAUGUCAAUAUCUUCGGUAGAUCCGCUCCCAGGUGUGGGUGAGCUCACGCCGCCCCCCAGAGCAAUGCUUGAUGGUGACAAAGAUGGCGUGAAGAGGUCCAACAGUGUCCGAAGCAAGAUAAGUGGAAGACGGAGAAAGCACAGAGCAAGUUCCGCUACUCAAGGAACGAACAACUCCAUUGCAGCCGCUCUCAAAGACAGCACGAUGGGAAUCGCCAACGUGGCUAUGAACGGUCCCGGCCAUCGCUUGACGGGCUUCGCAGUUGCGAGUAAUAAGCGGAACAAGGACUUUCACCAGCUUUUUCGCAGUGUACCCGAAGACGACUUCUUGAUCGAAGACUACAGUGCUGCCUUGCAACGGGACAUCCUUCUCCACGGCAGGCUCUACGUAUCGGAAGGUCAUGUCUGUUUCUCAAGCAACAUCCUCGGCUGGGUGACAAACUUGGUUAUCAGCUUUGAUGAAAUGACUGCAGUUGAGAAGAAGAGCACUGCUAUGAUCUUCCCGAACGCCAUAGUCAUCUCGACUCUGAAUGCUCGCAACACCUUUGCCAGCUUCGUUGCACGCGAUUCCACCUACGAACUACUCAUCGGCAUCUGGAAGAUUAAUCAUCCGAAUCUGAAGAGCUCCCUGAACGGUGUCAUGCUUGACCAAGGAGGCACUGGUGAUAAGACUGAGGUCGCAGAUCCUGAUCAUUCUGACGGCGAGACCGACGAAGAAGGCAGCGAGGACGACGUCUAUGAUGAAGACAAGGACGACGAUGCUCUUAGCUUCACCGAUGAUGGCAUGGAAGCCAGCACCAUCGUCAGUGAAGCUGGCGACUUGCCGCUGAGCCGAAAGCCAUCAACGACACCAAUAGGAGCUGCCACAAUGGCCGCUGAAGGUGCUGCCACAUCACCAAUCAAGGGCAGCGACUUUCCCGGUCCCGUCACGCAUGCGCCCACCCAGUGCUCAGAAUCUGCUGAACACUACGACCGACCUCUGACUGAUACCAUCAUUCCUGCUCCACUUGGCAAGGUCUACUCGUUGAUGUUCGGAUCAGCCUCUGGAGCAUUUAUGCGAAAGUGGCUCGUCGAUGAUCAGCAGUCACGCGAGCUGAACUAUGUGGACGACAAGACCGGUCUCGACAACGAGCAUACAUCCUUCACCUUCGACUACAUCAAGCCCUUGAGCAAUCCAAUCGGACCUCGCCAAACCAAGUGUAUCACAACAAACACUGUCAAGGCUUUUGAUCUUGAGAAAGCCGUCUCGAUAGACUGCAGCACACAGACCCCCGACGUACCCAGUGGGAAUGUGUUUACGACCAAGACCCGGUAUUGCUUGAUGUGGGGUCCCAGCAACUCGACACGCAUCAUCGCCAGCUGCACAAUCGAAUGGACAGGCAAGAGCUGGAUCAAAGGCGCUAUCGAGAAGGGUGCGAAUGACGGUCAGAUCGAGUACGUCAAGCAGAUCAUCGCCGCACUCAAAGCUGCUGUCACAACAGCAAAACCCGCAGCCAAGGGUCCCGUCAAGAAAGGCAAACGAAGGGGCAAGAAGGAGGCAUCAGACCCCAGCGAGGUCGUGGCCCAUGGCGAAGGCAACAGAUCUGUAAUACAACAGACUCCCAACUGGGGCCUGUUCGAACCUGUCCGCCAAAUCCUCGACCCUAUCUCCUCGAUCCUGGGACCUCUAUUCACAUCGCAAGUCAUCAUCGUCGUGAUGGGUCUGCUGCUAGCAUAUACCUGGCUCUGGUCUCCACGGCGCGGCACGAGCAUCGGGCAAUUUGCUCACACCCCGCCGGAACGACUCGCCGCAUACGAGGAGAUCUGGCGACGGGAAGAGAGUGCGCUGUGGGACUGGUUGGAAGAUCGAGUCGGACUGAACGAAAUGUACGCGCCGGCUCCGGAUCGAGUCGACAGGCAGAAGAUCUUGAAUGCGAGAAGUAUGGGCAAGAAAUUGGAGGACGAAAGGAUGACGGAUAGGCAGGUCGAUGAGGCCAUUCGGACGACGGAAGAGAAGCUGGCGGCACUGAAAGCUGCGGUUGAGAGGAAGAAUAAAGAGCGUAAGGCGGUGUAA